AUGAGCAAAGUGAGAGCAGAGACAGGGGAGUGGAGAAUGGCUCAGUGUUCCCCGGCGCUGGGAUGUGGAGCCCACUACGAGUACGUGAUCGAGGAGUUCUGCCUGACCAAAUUCAGGCUAGACAUGCAGGAACUGGGCCAGAGUCAGUGGUGUAGCUGGGAGGACACAGUCAAAUUCUAUGAAGCUCUAACAAACUGCACACACCUGUUGGCAAUGAACAUGAGCUGUUACUGGCCCAAUCAAAUGGUGGACGCGUUCUUCAUCCAGGUCCACAGGCACUACUUCCAUGACUGCUCAGUGUCUGGACGACGACUCAGGGACCCUCCAAACCGCAUUUUGGGUCCUUUCAUUGUGGUUCCCAUCCUGGUCACCUUCCUCAUGACGGCCCUGGUGGUGUGGAGGAGCAAGCGCAGCGAAGGGAUUGUUUAA